AUGGGCACGGUGUCGAUGCAGAAGAGCUGGCGGAAGGCGUGCGGCGCGAUCAAGGACUCCACCACCGUGGGGCUCGCCAGGGGACACUCCAAGGACCUCGACGUCGCCGUCGUCAAGGCCACCAACCACGUCGAGCGCCCGCCCAAGGAGCGCCACCUCGCCAAGAUCAUCGCCGCCGCGUCCGGCGCCCGCCCUCUCGCCGACGUCUCCUACUGCGUCCACGCCCUCGACCGCCGUCUCUCCAAGACGCACAACUGGGUGGUGGCGCUCAAGACGCUGGUGGUGAUACACCGGGCGCUGCGGGAAGGCGACGCGGCGUUCCGGGAGGAGCUGCUCAGCUACCGGCGCGGCCGCGGCGGCCAUUGCCUGCAGAUGUCCAGCUUCAAGGACGACUCCACCCCACUCGCGUGGGAUUGCUCGGCGUGGGUGCGCACCUACGCGCUGUUCUUGGAGGAGAGGCUCGAGUGCUUCAAAGUUCUAAGAUACGACAUUGAAGCAGAGCGUCUGAGGCCAGCAGAGGGAGCUCCAAAGGGUCAGAGUAGGACCAGAAGCUUGGGUAAGGAUGAGCUCUUGGAGCAGCUGCCUGCUCUGCAGCAGCUGCUCUACCGGCUAGUCGGCUGUCAGCCUGAAGGAGCAGCAUUUGGAAACUAUCUUAUACAGUAUGCCUUAGCUCUGGUGCUGAAGGAAAGUUUCAAGAUUUAUUGUGCAGUCAAUGAUGGUAUCAUUAAUCUUGUGGAAAUGUUCUUUGACAUGACAAAAAUUGAUGCUAUCAAAGCUUUUGACAUCUACAGAAGAACAGGUCAUCUGGCAAAAAACCUAUCCGACUUCUACGAUCUCUGCAGGGGUUUGGAACUCGCCAGGAACUUCCAAUUUCCAAUCCUAAGAGAGCCGCCGCCAUCAUUUCUUGGAACCAUGGAAGAGUACAUCAGAGAAGCCCCUCGAACUGCUCCUGUUGCAAACAAGACAGUAGAAUAUCGGCAAUUGGAAUCCAUUCCUAAGCAGGAAGAACCUCCACAACCUCUGCCUGAGGUGUUAGAAGAACCUGUAGAGGAAAUUCUUCCAGAACCUGCAGAAGAACCCCAGCAUCCUGCAGCUGAGGUUGAUGAUGAACCUGAACCUACCACAACCGCUGAUUUACUGGGCUUAAAUGAAGUGAACCUUGCUGCCACCCAACUUGAAGAGAGCAAUGCACUGGCUCUGGCCAUUGUACCACCAGGUGGCAACACGUCUGGUAGUGCAGGCGGUGGCUUCAGUGGCAUGAUUGGAUCCUCAGGUUGGGAGCUAGCGUUGGUCACUGAACCCACCAACAACAGCAGCAACCAACUACUGGCAGAGAGCAAGCUGGCUGGAGGGUUCGACAAGCUGCUGCUCGAUAGCUUGUACGAUGAUGCAGCAAGGAGGCAACAACCAGCCCAGACGGAUCCGUUCGCCAUGUCGACAAGUUUCGCGCCACCGACCAAUGUGCAGAUGUCGAUGAUGGCACAGCAGCAGCAAUAUUUCCAGCAGGAGCGGCAGCAGCAGCAGCAAAUGAUGUUAGGGAUGCCACAGCCAUUCCAGGUUCAGCAUGCUGGUGUUCCUCAGGCGAAUCUUUUCGGUGAUCCAUAUUCAGCUGGCACUCUCCAUGGAAGCGGCAGCUUGAUCUGAGCUUGAUCUGAUCUGAUUAGAGUAGCUCUGAUGUGAUAAAUCUGAGAACUGCAAUUGAUUCAGUUUGUUCUUGUUUGUAAAACGCUGUAUCUUCAGUCUUCAACAGAUCUCACCUGUCCAUUGUCUUGAGCCUUAUUCUGGGCAUGAUCACUGCCCACCUAUGGACUGACUGAAAAACAGAAAACCAUUUGUUGAUUUCUCAGUAUAUAUAU